UUCCACUGCCAGGCUGUGGAAAGCCAGCCAGUGCUGAACAUGAGCUGUAACAUGGAUCCAUGCUUCAGGUGGCACACAGAAUCCUGGAAUGAGUGUUCAGCUUCAUGUGGAGGGGGCACUCAGAAAAGGCCCGUGCAGUGCAUCAGGGUGGACGACCAUGGAACCAAGGAGGAGAAUUGGUGCGAGCAGGAGACCAAGCCUCCAGAUUCUCAGAGAUGCAACCUACAAAAAUGUGUGAAAAAUAUUGGCUCACCCUGCAGCAAGGACAGACUGUCCAUGAACUUCUGCGAGAAGGUGCGAGAUAUUGGCAGAUGCUCUGCGCCUUCAGUGAGGAUUCAAUGCUGCCAAACGUGCAAAAGAUCUUUGGCUGCCAGCACAAUGGAGCGUGAGAAUUAAUCAAAUCCGAAUCGUCACCCAAAUAAAAACUGAACUUGCUAAGAUGGACUUUGGAAAUAAAGAAAAAUCUUCUACAAUUUCCAGCAUGAUCUAUGGACUAUAAUUUAAACCUUCCCAGAGGCAAGGCAGCCUUUUCAAACAUUUGGACUCAUUAUUUUUGUUAUGUUCUAUAUAUUAUCCUUUUUUUUUUCUUUUCUAUACCUGUUGGCAGUUCCUUUAAUUUCAUUUUCC